UGAAAAAAAAUCAACGAUGUUUUUUCUUUUUUCUGUACUUGUUGCCUUUUUAGCUCCUUCGAUUUGUCACGGAUGUGGCAAAAGACCAUUCCAUUCUACACGAGUGGUAAAUGGGCAAAACGCUGCACCUCACUCGUGGCCAUGGCAGGUAUCUCUACGUAAAGAUGGAAUGCACAUCUGUGGUGGAUCUCUGAUCAAACCCAACUGGGUGGUUACUGCGGCUCACUGUGUCUACAAGAAUAAAUAUCCAGGAUUUUACAGAGUUGUUGUAGGUGCCCACAAACGCCUUGGAUUUACUUCGAUUGAAAAGGCGUUUCGGGUUAAGGCCAUUCACCUGCAUGAGGAAUUUACUAUGGAGACUCUGAAACAUGACAUUGCGGUUCUUGAGCUCAGAGGCUCAGCAACGAUCAGUGAUAAGGUCUCCACAGUUUGCCUUCCCACUGAGGAACCGAAGCCUGGGACGAAGUGUUUUAUAACAGGAUGGGGCCUUGUUUCAGAGAGCGAACAAGCGAACAUCUUGCAACAAGGGGAGAUGCCUAUAGUGUCGAACGACGAUUGUGCAAAGAAAUACACUCGGUUUGAUAGCAAGGCUCACUUAUGUGCUGGGAAGGGACAGGAAAGCAAUUCAGCUGGUUGCCGUGGCGAUAGUGGAGGUCCACUUGUGUGUGAACAGGGUAACUCUUGGUAUCUGCACGGUGCUGUUAGCUUUGGCAAAAAGGGAUGUUUGCCGACCGCCUACACUGUAUUCGCAAGAAUCACAACUUAUAUCCCGUGGAUUAUGAAUAAAAUAGGAGGGAGCCCGCCACUACCAGCGACGCCACCCCCACCAGCAACACCACCCAAGCCGUCUCCACCGAAACCAGGGCCUGGUUGCCGAGAUAGCCAGACAUAUUGCCCCAGGUAUAAGCACUACUGCAUUAAAUAUCCGAGUUUCAGAAAGGAUUGUCCCAAAACCUGCCAUGCUUGUUAAACGACGUCGAAGAACUCAAAUCAAACACAGUAGAUUAAACCAUAUUAACCCUCAUACAAAGCUGCUGUGUGUUUUUAUUAUACGUAGUGAUACAUAUUUCAAUUCACUUGGCCCGCUAUUGCUGAGCCAAAUCAAAAAGAACUUCUCUUACCGACCAUCAACCUCUAAACUCUACAUAAUUAAAGUGCUUUGUCUUUCGCUUAAGCCAGAUAUGUUGAUUACGUAAUCUGACAGUGAGAUACUUGGAAAUAUCCUGCAUGGUAGCGAAGAUGUAAUGAGGAACAUUGCCAUGAAGUAUCGUUUAUUUAACUCAUUUUUUUGCAAUGAC